AUGGAGUUCAGUUCAGCUAAAGGGAUAUUAGUAGUUGAUCCAAUAGAGGCCAGAAAUAUUUGCAUCAAGCGAGCAUCUUCAAAUGUCUACUGUCUCUUCCAAAUUGACAAUAGAGUCUAUCGCUCAAAGACAACAGCCUUCAAAGUCCCUAGUUUACCCAGAUGGAAAGAGGACUCACAAUGCAGGUUUGAUAUUGAUCCAGGUGUAACGCCAUUGCUCAAAGUGUUUGUUCUUGAAAAGACAAAUGGCCUUCCUUUGGUUGUUGGUAAAGGGGAAUUAAACCUAAUCGAUAUAUUCUAUGAAAAGAAAUCAGAUAGAUGGGUGAAACUUUCACCAAUGGGUCAACUAGACUUAGAGCUCACGUUUUAUCAAGCAGCUCCAAUGCUACCAAGAAAGACUCUUCCCAACCCAAAAGUGCCCCCAAAACAUCCUCAGAGAGAAGGUGAAAUAAAAGAAAACUUAAAGCAGAAGGUAUCGUCUGUUGAUCAGGUCUUCGAGGAAGAAAAUAGAGAAGAGAGACAUCGUCUACGGCAGCUUGCCAAAAAAGUGAAACGAAGAUACAGAGAAUCAAGAUCAAGUCGAGAGUUUGUGAUGAAGGAACAAUUGAAGAAGAUGACAAACGAUGAGUUAUUGUAUGUUGAGGUGAACCAGAAGAUUGAAAAAGCUUUACCAGAUGUUCCAGGGGAUGAUUCCGUGAAAAUAGAAGAGAAUAUCCCUGAUAUUAAUGUGCUAUCUAUUGACACUGAAAGUAUUUCACAGAUCGACUUGAAUAAAUUACCAUUUUCUGCUGAUUCCAUAGGUACACACAUGAUUACAAAACUUGAUGAAUUGAAAGCUCAACAAGAAAAACAAAAAGAAGAAGAUUCCAAAAAGAUGUAUACUCCACUAUCCACUGAAGCCUUUUCAAUUAUAUCAAGACUGGAAAGAGGUCGUGCUAGACCAAAAGACUUGCAAGUUGAAGGAGGAGCAUCCGACUAUAAAGGUGAUGGUACUUGGGGUAAAGGUAGAUUAACUGAUGCUGCUUAUACAGGUGAAAGACCCAGACUUCCUCCUAAAAUUCCAUAUGGGAUGAAUGCUGAGGAGUACUACAUGCUACAGAGAAGAGAAUAUGUUGACUACUUCAAAACAGUAGUUUAA